GAGCAGCGCAUCAAACAAAACAUCAAAAUGCUUUGGUUGCUCUACAUUGCAGCUGUGCAUAUCUCCGCAUCGUCUGCGUCGAAGGAAGAUGAUGCGUAUUGUCCCAAUGGUAGUGUAUCAGAAACAUUUGUCUACCAAACGCUCUCACUCAUCAACAAUAAACGCUUGAUAUUGGCCAGUGGAUUGCAAAUAAACGGAUACGUGGAUCAUGAUAACGCCAAAAAUCUGUUCACGAAACUGCCUCCAGCUAAAUUUUUGCCUGAAAUGACGUACGACUGCGCACUUGAACAGAAUGCUACCGAAGCUUUGGCACCGUAUAGUGAAUCCGACGAUCAAUUGCAGCUUGUUAACGGACACUUUCUUUAUAGUUUACACUCUGGUUGCGAGAAUUGGACGGAUGAUUUUAUAAGGGACAUUUUCGCAGUCGAUUCUGAUGGAUUUUUCUCAGAGAUCAAAUCUCAAUUCGUUAUAUAUAUGGAUGAGCAUGGGAAUUCAAGAGUUUAUGUCGAUCUGAUGCGUGCUGAUGUUUCCAGAAUAGGUUGCUCAAGCAAGACGUCAAUAAAGAACAAACAUGAGUACUGUAUAUAUCUUUGCAUCAUCAAUCAGAAGAGUAUCCAGAAGGGAGACGUCAUCUACGAAACAGGUAACGCAAAACCCGAAUGUGAUCCCUUCAUUGAUGAUAGUUCAAAUGAAUCUACUGCAACAGCUGACUCAAAUCCUUCCGGUGCUUCUUAUUGUGCUAACGGUAUUUUAUCAACAAAUGAUGUCUACCAAGUACUCUCUCUCAUCAAUAGCAAACGCACGAUAUUAGCUAAUGGGUUGCAAAUGAAUGGUACAUAUUACUUCGAAGGGGAUAGGACUACUGAGCUCCCUCCAGCCAAAAACAUGCACAAAAUGACAUAUGACUGCGUCCUCGAACAAAAGGCUAAGAAAGCUCUAACAGAACUGGAGUGCGGGGACGACAGCCAAGCAUUUAAGGAUCCCUACGUUACCCAUUCCAACAUUUCCACCGCUCUUUGGCGCAAGUUAUUCCAAGUUGACUGGUAUGGCAUCGCUUCUUUCAACACAACUCAGUCCUUAGACUAUUAUGAUUGGUACGAUUAUGAAAGAGUAACAAAGAAUUAUGGCAAUCUGAUGCGUGCUGAUGCCUCCAAAGUAGGUUGUGCAAACAUGACAUGUCAAAAUAAAGAAUUCCUUAUGUAUCUUUGCAUCACCGAUCAAGGGCCAAUCAAUAAUGGAGACGAACUUUAUGAAAUACGUACAGAUAAAAGUGAUAUAUAUACCGAUGAUGAGUGUGGUCUUCCUUGGACUUCGAGUAUUACAUCCACGACAGUGUUUCCUAAUACGAGUACCUCCGAACUACAGUACACCACUGAAUCAUCACAGUACACCACUGCGUCAUCACAGCAUACCACUGCAUCUACGAAAAAAAUGAAAAACAAGACAAUGCGUCACAAAGACAACAAAGACACCCUGUGUCACCCUGCCGCAUGCGAAGUCAAAACGGGAAGCGAGAGCUGCAAAUUUUCGCAAAGUUCUGUCUAAGAAGUCAGAAAAGCAUAUGUCACAGAAGGUGAAAAAUACAGACGCCACCGGCCUGUUCCAGAAUGCUCCUAAAGAAAAGCCGCUGCGCUGAGAACUCUCUUACU